AUGCGCAUCCCCUACGUACCCAACCCACCACCGACCUCGACGCCGGAAGAGGCCGCCAUCGUCUCUCGGAUACAAGCCCGCCGCAACCCCCGGCCUCUGCAGUCCCUCGAUCUGGCCCUUCUGCACGCCCCACCCGUUGCCGACGGCUGGAACCACUUCCUCGGCGCCAUCCGCACCCAGACCACCAUCCCCGCGGACCUGCGCGAGCUCGCCAUAUCGCGCGUCGCCGUUAUCAACCAGGCCUGGUACGAGUGGGGCCAUCACGCGCCGCUGGCCGUUGCCGCGGGCGUCUCAGCUGACGCCAUGGACGCCGUCAAGGCCGAGGCGCCGCUGGAGCUGGCGAACCGGCCUGCGUUGCAUCUGAGCGAGAAGCAGUGGGUCGUGCUGGUGUACGCGGACGAGAUGACGAGGAAUGUGAGAGUCAAGGAUGAGACUUUUGAGAAGUUGAAGUCGUUGUUCAGUGAGCGGGAGGUUGUGGAGAUUACGACGACAGUCGCGUGCUAUAACUGCGUGAGCCGGUUCUUGGUGGCUCUUGACGUUGGCGAAAGAAACAGCACUGGUCCUGAAGACGUUUCCCUUCAUCAACAUUGA